AUGGCAGGGGAUGUCACCUACGCGGCCGUGGCGAUGCUGCCGAGGGAAAGGCCCCGCGCUCCUUCAGGGACAGCAAACCCAGGAAACACCAUCACGUAUGCUGAGCUGCAUGUGAAGCCCCAGCCCCAAGGGAGCAGCAGAGCAGAGACUUCCGCUCCUGGCUGCUGGCACAGGAGCUCAGCCUGGUUCUAUGUGGCGCUGGUCCUGGCAGUCCUCGUGCUCGUCCUGCUGGGAGUCGUGGCCAUACAAGCCAAGCAGUUUUUGAAGGGCAGAGCAGGAAAAUCAGGAAGUUUGCCCCACUAUGGUCUGAACAGCACCAGCAGUGACAUUUCUUCAGAGGGGACUGUCUCAGCAGCACUCCUGAAACAGCUCAUGGAGGAGCUGUGUGAAGAUGGACAGGGGACAACGUGUGAGCUGUGUCCCCCUGGCUGGCAGCUGCACAGGGGCAGAUGUUACUUCUUCUCCGAGGAGGCCAGGAGCUGGGAGGACAGCCAGAAAAACUGCCUGGCCAGGAAAUCCCAGCUGCUUGUCAUUGAGGAUGAAAUUGAGAUGGAAUUUAUAGACAACAAAGACAAAGACACCAAAUAUAUCUGGAUUGGCUUGGACACUGAAGACAUGGAGAAAACAUGGAGUUCAGUGGAAGAUCACAGAGUAAAAGAAAAGAGGACAGCUCUAAAAAGCAAUGAGGCUGACAAGAACUGUGCUGUUUACAGAAGGAAAAACGUGAUCCAGGCAGAUAACUGCCAGACCUUAAAGGAGUGGAUCUGUAAGAAGAAUGCAACUUUGCUGGUGCUCUGAGCCACAUUUCCAGACAGCAGGCAGAGCUUCUCAUCAGAAGACCCAUUUUACAGACAAACCAACUUGUGAUGUAAAUAAUUUUCAUCAGACUUGCAGGGAAACUUGCACUUUGCUGUGCUGUGCUCCCUAAGAAGUCAGAAGACAGGUCCUGCAACAGGGCUGCAAGCUGGCACACGAGGAUUCUAGGGUGCUGAGCCUUCACACAGACAGAUUUUGGCAGCAGCUGCCUCAGGAAGGGUCAGAGCAGAAGAGAUACU